AUGGUGUUUGUCAUUACAGCUCUCCACACCAGCCUGGUCCAGCUUGAGGUACCCUGUUACAUCCCCAGCACUCCUCAGCCCCUGGAGGGUUGGCUGCCAGGGCCAAGUCUCAUCCCCACACCAGCCUCCAUGCACUCUUCCAAGGUAGACAGGCUGCCUUCAAGGGACACCAGCUUGUCCCUGCAUAGCUCAACACAGGAAAUCACCUACCCCCUGUCAGUGUCUCACAACAAUCCGCUAAGAGACUCACAGUCUGGACUUAAGUCCCUGGGAACCAUGGAACCCCAGACCUUCCUGCUCUCACAGGACUUCAGACACCUGGAGGAGAGGGGCAGCAUGCCUAACCCCCUCCUGGGCCUUGUCCACUCUGGUGUUAGUCAGGAGCGCUUUGAAUGCUUUGACUGCCACAAAGCCUACUUCACCUUCUCUGGGCUGGCCAAGCACAGGCAGUUGCACUGUGAGUGGCAGUGUCACAAGUACUUCUGCUGCAAGUACUGUGACAAGGAGUACGUGAGUCUGGGAGCUCUGAAGAUGCACAUCCGAACACACACACUACCCUGCGUCUGCAAACUCUGUGGGAAGGCCUUCUCCAGGCCUUGGCUGCUCCAGGGACACAUUCGCACACAUACAGGUGAGAAGCCCUUCUCCUGCCCACACUGCAGCCGGGCGUUUGCUGACCGCUCCAACCUCCGAGCACACCUACAGACACACUCUGACAUCAAGAAAUACCAGUGCAAGAGUUGCUCCAAAACCUUCUCCAGGAUAUCUCUGCUCUCCAAGCAUGAAGAGGCUGGCUGCUCCCCACUGUCCUGAUGCCGUUUACUGCCAGUGCUGCCCACUCUGUGCCUGUUGCCUACUUGCCUAGACUAGGUCUGGUUCUACUAACAUCAGACUUCCCUCACAAAGCACUGGAGAUUAGUGACACGGAGCUCUGACUACUGUAUGUUUUUGUUCUCUGACAUUUCAAGCUCAUGAAAUAAGCACAAUGGACUGUGUCCAAAGACUUUCUUAUGUCAUAUAUUUGACAUAUGAAGUAGUUGCUUGACAUCAAGAAAAAAUGAGAAAAGUUGUUAUCGCAUGCUGCCAAAAAUACUUGAAAUUUAAAAGCCGUGAAGUUUUCGAUUGUGUUAUUGAUGAUUACCUGUGCCUUUUGAAGAAAUGUAU